AUGCCGGUUGGAAAGCGCGGACUUGUAGCUCCACAAAACACAUUUCUUGAAAAUGUAAUCCGACGGUGUAACAAUGCAGGUUUGUGAAUAUGCAAAAGCCUUUUCGAAAACCUGUCAACUCCAGACACAUCCUUUAUCCUGGCGAAUGCGCAAGUCGUCGACUAUCCCAUCGUCUACUGCAACGACGGGUUCUCGAAGCUCGUCGGGUACACGAGAGCCGAGAUCAUGCAGAAGCCGUGCUCGUGAGUAGCAAGUGGGUGACCGCCGGAAUUGUGGGAUGCUUUCAGACUUGCAUUCAUGCACGGAGAGCACGGAGAAGUGGGCAGUCUUCAGAAGAUGCAAGAGGCUCUGGAGAAUGCGAGGACCGAGCAGGCAGAAAUCGGACUGUGCAAGAAGAACAGUAAGUUAUUGGGGGAAAAGUUUCCAGUUGAUAAAUGAUGUGUUCAGAAACUCCCAUCUGGCUGCUUGUCCAUCUGGCGCCCAUCAAGAACCACAAAGAUGCGGUAGUACUGUACUUGUGCCAGUUCAAAGACAUUACGCCUUUGAAGCAACCUCUGGACGAUGAGAAUAAUAAAGGUUUGUGGUAGAAGUGUUCAGGAUCCGAGUAUUUGAAUGAAUUGAAGGUUUAUCACGGAUUCUGCAAAUAGCAAGGAUCGCCAAGUCGAAGCAGCAAUUCAAUCAGAUCGAAACGAAAGACCUGCACAAGUCGCCGGGAAACACAUCCAGUAACUUCAAUCAGGUUAUCAAGGUUGAGAGUCUUGACGCUUCUUUCUGUUGGUAUCGUGUUCCGGGAGCCGUCAUCCGCGUCCCUCCUGCUCCUCGAACACGAUGCGUCUCCGUUCCCUUGUUUGCUCGUAGCUGUAGCCUGUAGAGUUAUGUUCCUGUUCCCGUCCAUCUUCAUUCGGUUUCCCUUCCUUGCCGCCAGAGCUCUUCCAUUCAUAUUAUUCCUAGUGACUUGUGUUCGCUUCCCGUCCCGCUCUCUCUCUCUCUCUCUCCCUCUUUUGUGACGUGGCUUCCCGCACCCGCAUUUGCUCUCAGUUUCCACGUAGACGAGUCGGAAUUAGGAAGACGAAGAAGGCGGCACACACUCGCGUCAAAGGUGUUUCCGGUUCUCCUGAAAAGAGGGAAGAGAUGAUGUUGUCCGUAAGCUGCGAAGAGUAUCCUCUUUCCCAUCAUGGCUCACCAUUUGACUGAGGUACUUUCACAUCGUAUUCUGAUUAUUCCGUUCGGUUUCUGGCAGUUCGUCCUAGGUUUAGAAAGUAGGAGAGUAGAUUAUAAUAGUUCAGUUCCCUUUCUUGAUAUUCAUAUUCUCGACCAGUCAGGUUUGACGAGAGAGUUUCUUUUAGUGCAAUGGCAACUGGAACGAGCAUCGCUUUGUGAGUUAUGGCUCCGAGAUCUGAUCACCACUUACUUCUCUAGAUUUGCAUGGCCUAUACUGUCUCUGAUUUAAUCUCCCACCGAAUGACUGUCCGUCCGUCCCUACUGUUUUUCCUUCCUUGCAUGCUCACACAAUAACAGAAAGAAGCACCUCCCUGUCCCCCCGGUUAACAAAGACAGCACAGUCACUAGGAAUCAUUUUUCGGGAACUUGUCUUUAUAUAUGUUCUAGCUUUACGGGACUAGGUUUCAAUUAGUUUUGAGUUAGGCACCACUUGGCCCGAGUUGGUCCCCGAGAACUGAUAAACAAAGGGUUUCAGGUGAUGAAUCUAGGCGGUGAUAUGCUUCCGCAGUACAGGCAGGAGACUCCGAAGACGUCUCCGCACAUCAUCCUCCACUACUCCUCGUUCAAAACGAUAUGGGACUGGUCCAUUCUGGCACUCACCUUCUACACGGCCUUCAUGGUCCCAUUCAAUAUCGCUUUCAAGAACAGGUGAGCAGAAAGAUUGGAAAUACCUUUGGAAUGAGUGGAAUUUGUGCAAUCUCUAACCCAUCGUUAUUAUUUUAGCCUCCGCCCCUUCUACUUGAUCAGGUAUGUUGCAUGUCGUGUCCUUUGUUUUCACUUCUAAACACUUUUCACUUCACUUCUCACCUUUCCUAUCAUCGCACUUAAGUUUCAGUUCGAGGGAGAACCCGGGCGGUGGAAUAGACUCGGUGGCACUCAUGGACUCCAUCGUCGACGUCAUCUUCUUUGCCGACAUCCUUCUCAACUUUCAUACCACUUUUGUAGGGCCUGGAGGAGAAGUAAUCACUAUUUCCCUGUCUGUUAUUGUUGAUCCAAGUCUUCAGGUAGUGAUAGAACCGUCGGUGAUUAGGCAAAACUACUUCAAGUCGUGGUUUCUGAUAGACCUGCUCUCCUGUCUGCCCUAUGACAUAUUCUACAUGUUCAAAAGAGACGACGAGGUGAGUGAAACCAACAUCGUUUUAGUCUUUUAUUGUUUUCCUUCUUUCAGAGGAUAGGAAGUUUGUUCUCGGCUCUCAAAGUGGUUCGGCUGCUCAGGCUGGGCAGAGUGGCGAGGAAGCUGGACAACUACUUAGAGUACGGUGCAGCCACGUUGCUGCUCCUGCUCUGCGCCUACGUGAUAGUGGCUCAUUGGCUCGCGUGCGUAUGGUUUUGGAUUGGCGACUCGGAAGUGCGACUGAAGAUGGACAACUUGGCACUGCCGGACGGAUGGCUCUGGAAGCUUUCGAACGAUCUGCGGCAGCCCUACAAUGUGUCACUUUCCAAUAAGACAACACUUGUGGGCGGUCCUUCCCGGACAUCCGCCUACAUUUCUUGUAAGUCUUAUUCUGAGGUGACUUCAGUGCAAUCAUUUUUUCAGCCCUGUACUACACGAUGAGUUGCAUGUCAACCGUUGGUUUCGGAAACAUUGCGAGCAACACGGAUAAUGAGAAGAUCUUCGGAGUGUGUAUGAUGAUCAUUUCCGCAUUACUCUAUGCUGCCAUCUUCGGACACAUGACUACAAUAAUUCAGCAGAUGACAUCUAGUACAGUCAGGUACGUCUAACUAACAUCUCUUCUCGAAAAACCUCAUUUUCUAAGGUAUCACGAGAUGAUUAGCAAUGUGCGCGAAUUCAUAAAACUACAAGAAAUACCGAAAGAGCUGGCGGAGCGGGUAAUGGAUUACGUGGUGUCCACAUGGGCGAUGACGAAGGGAAUCGACACUGCGAAAGUGCUCGGAUACUGUCCAAAGGACAUGAAGGCCGACAUCUGCGUGCACCUCAAUCGGAAGGUCUUCAACGAGCACAGUUGUUUUCGGCUCGCUUCCGAUGGCUGUCUCCGGUCCCUGGCCAUGUUCCUGGAGCUGAACCAUGCGGCUCCGGGCGACCUUCUCUACCACACGGGCGAAUCCGUCGACGCCCUUUGGUUCGUUGUUUCGGGAUCUCUGGAAGUGAUACAGGACGAUGAAGUGGUGGCGAUUCUCGGGAAGGGAGAUGUGUUCGGAGACGAGUUCUGGAAGAAUAACGGGUCGACGGGACAGUCUGCGGCGAACGUGCGGGCGCUCACUUACUCGGAUCUCCACAUGAUCAAGAAGGACAAGCUGAUGGACGUACUCGAUUUCUACAAAGGAUUCGCAAACUCAUUCUCUAGGACUAUGACGUUGACGUACAACUUGACGCACAGAAUGAAGUUCAGAAAAGUAAGUUUUCAAAGGUUGAUUCUUGCAAAUUCAGUUAAUCAGGUUGCGGAUGUGAAACGAGAAAAGGAGUUGGAUGCGAAGCGAAAGAACGAGAAGCUGACACUUCCGAACGACCAUCCAGUUCGGAAGUUGUUGUUCAGAAUGAGAGAGCGGCACGGACCCCGCAUCUUCCCGAGCCCAAUGUUUGCGGACAUCGAGAAGGGACUGAAGAAGUCGACGGACAUCUCUCGCAUCUCCUCGUUGCACUCGAUGGUCGACGAGACGGGCGGCACUUCGUACAUCAGGUCGCCACGCAACAAGCCAAAGAGACCUCCGCUCCUGGUAAAAACGGAAAACAUAAAUGGGAUUGUCUUAAAUACAACAUCAAUUCAGAAACGACAGACAGUCGAUGAAGACGCACUGUCACGGACGAGCUGGGGCAUAGACAAGAAGGACCGGGAGUGGAGUUCCCUGUCGAACAUCAAAACAGAAAUGAAGAGCAAGUUCGAUAUCAUCGGCGAGCGGCUCGGCAUCAUCGAACAGAUCAACAAUCGGCUGGCCACUCUCGAGAGAGCCAUCAUCGGAGCUCACAACGGAGGAGCCAACACGCCGUCGACCAUGCCCGUCGGCUCGUUCACUGCUCUCAACGAAUCCCAGAAUCGGCUUACUCUCGAUGCUCCGCCCGUUGCCCGAAGUGUCUCCUGGAGUGAACAACAUCAACCACAGUGGCAGAGGUGACCCAGAAACGUUUCUUCAUUUGGUUUCAUGCUAUUCCUUUCAGAACGGUACCGCCGCUGAGAGAGCUAGAAGCAGGCGAAUGGGAGGGUUCGACUCGCGAAGGCACUCCGAACCCGUCGACUUCCUCGCCGCCCUCAGUCCCUCACAUUCAAAUCGACGAAGGGGACUCGGCUCGUCCGCCCACGCGCACACGGAUAUGA